UCUGGCCUUGAGGUUUGGGACUUGCCAGUUGCUCCCAGGAACGUCUUGAGGGCAAAUCUGUCUGUGUGCUCACAGCUGGGGCUUUGCCAUGGAGUAUGGGCAUUUCCUGCAGCUCCCUGCCCCCAGCAGUGGGGCAGGACCCAGAUCACCCCCUCAUCCCUGGUGCAUAUCUCCAUCCUGCAGCCCCCAGGAAGAACACCACAUUCCUCUUGGGCUCUGCUGCAGCAAACCUGGCUGCAUCCCAAUCUCAACUCCCCCCAGGCAAAACGAGAAGUGUGGAGAGGGGCUGUGUCCAUUCAUCAGAUGGGGAAAUUGAGGUGGGAGGCAAGUGGCAAGGCAAACAUGCCUUGUGUGUGUCACUGAGAGUGGUGCACAUCAGCUGUGACCAGAGCACAGGUGGAUGCUGCUCUGUGUGCCCUUCGGUAGAUCACUGCUCGCUCCAGAGAUGGGGGCACUGGAGGGGCAUGUGGGAGUGAUGUGACAGUGCUGGGGUGCUGUGGGCAGUGAUGGGGACAGGAUGGCUCCUGUUCUUCAUGCCCUGCCAGGUAGACUUGGGCAUAGCCUUUUGAUCUUUUGCAUGUGGGACUUUUCCCUGGUGCAGGUGCUGUGGGCACACAGGGGUCAGUGUCACCGGGUUCCCAAUGCGCUCUGCUACGCUUGAACCCCAUAGGGUUUGGGUGGAGGAAGCACAGAGAAGUCCUCCUCCAACCCCACCAACCCUCUGCCCUGUGUCCCCCUGCUGGGUGGUUCAGCUGAUGGCCCUCACGGGCCUCUUCUCUGUCCAGGGAGCUGCCAGCAGACCGCAGGCACCAUGUCCAGGGCACUGCUGCUGCGGUGGUUGUGGGGCCGGCCCAGUGUGAAGGCAGCCAUAACUGCAGGGCUGUUGGUCACCGUGCUCUGGAACCUGAAGUGCUUCAUCCGCUCACCCAACAGCUCUGACAAAGCCCUCAAGCACACGAAGGCGCUGACGGUCCUGGUGUGGGAAUGGCCCUCGAGGCAGGUCCCAGACCUCAGCAGGGAUGUCUGCCGUGAGCAGUACGGCAUCGCGGGCUGCCGGCUCAGCACGGAGCGGCGGCUCCUGAGCCAGGCUGACGUGGUGGUGUUCCUUCACACCACCCUCCCGCGGGGCCGGGACAAGCUGCCCCGGGACAGACCGCAUGGGCAGGGCUGGGUCUGGGUGUCCCUGGAGUCCCCCACCAACACGAGAGCGUUAGCAGGAUGGAACCAGACCUUCAACUGGGUGAUGACCUACAGGCGGGACUCGGACAUCUUCAUGCCCUAUGGCAAGCUGGUGCCCAACCGGUCAGCCACUGUGAGCAUCCCCACAAAGACCAACUUGGUGUCCUGGGUUAUCAGCAACUAUCACAGGACUCAGAAGAGAGCUGAAGUCUAUAAGAACCUGUCCAGGUAUCUCCACGUGAACCUCUAUGGGAAAGCAGCCAAGAAGCCGCUUUGCAAGGACUGCCUUUUGCCCACGACAUCCAAAUCCAAGUUCUACCUGGCCUUUGAGAACUCCAUCCACCAGGACUACAUCACUGAGAAGCUCUGGAGGAACUCUCUGCUGGCUGGCACCGUGCCGGUGGUGCUGGGCCCCCCCCGGGCCAACUACGAGCAGUUCAUCCCUGCAGACUCAUUCAUCCACGUCGACGACUUCGGUUCCCUGGAGGAUUUGGCCACCUUCCUGAAGACCAUGAACUCCAGUCGCUACCAGCAGUUCUUUGCGUGGCAGAAGAGGUACAGCGUGAAGCUCUAUGCAGAUUGGAGGGAGCGCAUCUGCACCAUCUGUGCCGUGCACCCCCACCUGUCCCAGGGCCGCCUCUAUCCCAACCUGCAGAGCUGGUUCAACACCUAGCGCAGGGCUGGCACUGCCAGAGACAUCAGGGGUGCGUUGGGGUGGCAGAGUGGUCCUUGAGAACAGGAUGUCAGGGAGGGAGGACGUGGGACCUCAUCCUGGCCCCACUGUUGCCACACUGUGACCUUGUGCAAUGCCAUGUGACAGAACUUCCCGCACACCACGACCAGCCCAUGCUGACCUCCCCCACCGUGCAACAACAGGGUGCUUUGGAAAUAAACAGCACAGAU